AUGCUGCGAUCAUCGCUUCGGACAGUGAGGGUGCUCGGCGGCAGGCCCGUUGCGGCGGCCGCCGUGCGCCAAUGGCCCAUUGCCGCGUCGCAGCGAGCUGGUCUGCUUGGCUCGCGUUCCUUCGCCGACCAGAAGAAGCCUGGAGACGACGUUUCAAAACCCCCGGUCUUGCCUGCCUCUGAGACGCUGAGCUCCGAGCGAAGCCCGCCGCCAGCCGGCCUAGGCCAGGCGAAGCCCGAGACCGCCAAAGACGUUCCGUUGACGCCGCCCACUCCGUCCGAGGCCGUCGACAGACAGACAAAGCCUGCGACUACGAUUGACGAUGUCGGCGAGACUCGCGUGAAGCACGGCUCUAUCGACCCGCUGGCCGGCGGCAAGCCCGAACCCACGGCUACCAUUGACGAUGUCGGCGAGUCUACCGUCCUCCAAAGCAAGGUCCCGCCGCCGCCGCCGUCGCCACCUAAGAAGAAGGGUUUUAUUCGCAGGCUGAGGAACUUUGUCUUCACUCUCAUCCUCCUGGGCGCCGUCGGGUUCGGUGGCGGAGUCUGGUACUCGCGGAUCAAUGAUAACUUCCACGACUUCUUCACCGAGUACGUCCCCUUCGGAGAGCAGGCCGUUCUGUACCUGGAGGAGAUGGAGUUUAGGAAGCGCUUCCCCCAGGCUUCGGCUUCUGGCUCUAGACCUCGCGAAACCAACGAGCAGGUCCGCAUUCCCGCACAGAGCGGCGCCUCCUGGAGGGUGGCCGAUAGCGGCGAGCCUGCCGGGCGUCACUCGAGCGCCAACCCUGUGUCCAAGCGGCCGACCAAGCAGCCGGAUGAGCCCGCUAAGGCUGAGUCUCCAAAGCCUCCUGCUCAAGAAACUCAACCAGCCCCAGCGAAGCCCGUGGAGAAGGCCACGCCUCAGGUGACUGAGAGGUCGCCCAAGUCUUCUACCGAGUCUUUCAAAGCGCCCGAAGUCAACGAGCCUUCCAAGUUUCCACCUCUGGCACCCAUCGAUCUCAUGGCGCUCCCCGAUGCCAAGGAGCCGGUUGUGCGUGACCUGGUUCACAUGCUCAAUGAUCUGAUCCUGGUCAUCAACGCCGACAACGCCCACGGCAAAUACGGUACGACCAUCAACAAGGCGAAGAAUGAGGUCACCAGAAUUGGCGACCGGCUCAAGGCUAUGAGGGAUGGCGUCGAGAAGAAGGCGGCCAAAGAGGUCAAAUCGUCAAUCGAGGAAUUCGACAAGGCCGCCACUGAACUCAUUAAGCGCGUCGAGAACACCAUGCUCGCGCAGGAGAUUGAUUGGCGCCGCGAGUUUGAGCAGGAGAUGACCACGGUGCGCGAGAGCUACGACGAGCGGGUCAAGCUCCUGCUUGAGCGCGAGAAGAAGCUCAACGAGGAGAAGCUGCACAAUCAGCUCUUGGAGCAGGCCGUGGCUCUCAAGAAGGAAUUUGUCCAAGAAGUCAAGGAUCGCGUCGAGCAGGAGCGCGAAGGCCGACUGGGCAAGCUGACAGAGCUCUCAUCAGCUGUCGCUGAUCUGGAGAAACUCACCACCGGGUGGAACGAUGUCGUCGACUCUAACCUCAAGACACAGCAGCUGCACGUGGCCGUCGAGGCCGUCCGCGCCAGCCUUGAAGAUGCCCAACACCCGCGUCCUUUCAUUCGCGAGCUCGUCGCUCUGAAGGAGAUUGCCAACGACUCUCCCGUAGUUGAUGCCGCGAUUGCGUCGGUUAACCCGUCGGCCUACCAGCGCGGCAUCUCUACGUCGGCACAGCUUAUCGACAGAUUCCGUCGCGUUGCCAACGAGGUGCGCAAGGCCUCGUUGCUGCCAGAGGAUGCGGGCGUCGCCAGUCACGCAUCCAGCUGGGUCUUGAGCCACGUCAUGUUCAAGAAGGAGGGUCUCGCCGCGGGAGACGACGUGGAAAGCAUCCUGACACGCACGCAGACGUAUCUGGAAGAGGGAGAUCUGGACUCUGCAGCGCGAGAGAUGAACGGCUUGCAAGGGUGGGCGAAGACGCUGAGCAAGGACUGGCUUGGCGAGGUGCGCAAGGCGCUGGAAGUCCAGCAAGCUCUCGACGUCAUUGCCACAGAGGCUCGGCUACAGAGUCUGAGGGUGGAGUAA